AUGAAUACAAAUACAAAUAAUAUAUAUUUAUUAAGUUUAAAAGAUAUAGAAGAAUUAACAAAUAUAUGUAAAGAUUUAAAUAUAUCAAUACCAAAACCAAGAAAUAGAACAACUCUUAGGUCAUGUAUUGCUGCAAGACUAAAAGAAAAGGAAUGGUAUCAAUCUGCUAUUGUAGAUGAUAACCCUUUAAACAAGUAUCAUCGUGGUACUGUAGAUUAUGCACUACCAUGGAUACUCGUAUCAUCUAUUCUAAAACAUGCUUAUAAUUUAAGUGGUCAAUGUAAUUGUCAUUGUAAUUCUUUCACAUCUACUCCUACUACUUCUUGUUUAAUACAUUAUAGAGGAUCUGGAAAGAUAUAUGAUAGUGAAAGAUGGCCUAUAGGAUCCUCCUCCUCCUCAUCCUCCUCGAAACUUUAUACGGCAUGGAGAAUUGAUAUUUGUUUAAUAUCAAAACAAGUAUAUCAAUACGUUUCAAAUCAUUUAUUUGAUAGAUUGACAAUUAGAGGAAUGGAACAAUCAAACAAUCUCUGGCAAUCAGUUUCAAAACAAUGGUCAAUUGUAAAAAGAUUGAAAAGGUUGUCUGUCAAUACACAUGGUUUGGAUGAUAUACUAGAUGAUAGUCAUUUGGCACAACAAACCUAUCGUGAAUUGACACGCUUCAAAAGUAUAACCAAUUCAUUUACUUUGGCUCAUUUAAACAAGAUGGCUAGGUUAAUGCCAAAUUUAACAAGUAUAGCUAUUACAAUGCAAAGUUGUAUUAGCAAGACAAUGACAAAUCUUUUAUUUCAAAAUGAUUCUGUAUUGAUCAAUUUGGUAGACAUUGAAUUUGGUACUGGUACAACUCUACCAUUUACAAACUUCUCAAAGAUUACUCGAAAAAGAAUUAGAAAAUUGGUCAUUUCAUAUGAUAGAAUCAAUGAAAUGUUAAAAACUCUUCCUCUACACAUUAAACAACAACUUGAAGUGACAAGUGCAACAUUUUCUUGUGUUCCUCUAUUACAAGAUUAUCCAAAGAUUCAUAGUCUUUAUUUAAAAAGAGAACUCCCAUACUACCAACAAUACAUACCCGACCCCAAUCAAUGUAAAUGGCCAAUUGCACUAGACACUGUCUACUGUAGUGAUAUGUCUUCAUGGGGACACUAUCUAAAAACAAUCCCAACUUUAAAAUGUUAUAAAGAUCAUUAUACCUAUAUCAUAGAUGAAUAUCACUCUAAACUCUCAACUAUUGAAAAUCUAUCAUUACCAUUAUUAGAACAAAUAACUUUAAAUAUUCCACCAACAAAAAUUCAUACAUUAUCCUCUUCCCCAAAUUUUAAAAUUCAAUCAACUAAAUUUGUUGAUAAUCCAAAUAAUAAUAAUUUAGUUUUUUAUAGAAUUAAAUUAAUAAAGAAAUAA